UGAAUACUAAUGGUAAUGAAACUAACGUUAUGUACAUGUGUCUUUGUAGAAAAUGCCCUGCGUAGCCUGUUGGAGGCGCUGACGAGCCCCCCCUACGCUCCCAUGCAGCACCUAGAGAGAGAACAGGCCCUGGCAAAACAGUUCGCAGAGAUACUCCACUUCACCCUCAGCUUCGACGAACUAAAAAUGACAAACCCAGCCAUUCAGAAUGACUUCAGCUACUACAGGAGGACGAUCAGCAGAAACAGGCUGAACAACCAGCAGUUGGAGGCGGAGAACGAGGUGAACAAUGAGAUGGCCAAUCGGAUGUCUCUGUUCUACGCCGAGGCCACGCCCAUGCUGAAGACCCUGAGUAACGCCACCACCAAGUUUGUGUCAGAGAAUAAGACAUUACCCAUUGAAGACACCACAGACUGCCUGAGCACCAUGGCAUGUGUGUGUCGCGUCAUGCUGGAGACCCCUGAGUACCGUUGUAGGUUCACCAACACAGACACCAUGUUGUUCUGUAUGAGGGUGAUGGUGGGAGUGAUCAUUCUGUACGACCAUGUCCACCCUGUAGGAGCCUUCGCCAAGACCUCCAAAAUAGACAUGAAGGGCUGCAUCAAGGUGCUGAAAGAGCAGCCUUCCAACAGCGUGGAGGGACUACUGAACGCACUGAGGUAUACGACCCGACAUCUAAACGACGACAGCACCUCCAAACAAAUCAGGGCUCUUCUCCAAUGAGAGUGAGAGGAGAGAGGGAAGGAAGAUGAGAGAGAGAACACGGAGGGAGAUGAAGAACGAGGGAGAACAAACUGUGGUGUGCUGAAUCCCGUUUGUUUACAAGAAUGAAAAGCAAAAUGAUCCGGUCUGAUAAGAAGAGCUGAUGAAAAGAACAAGUCUAUGUAUUGUUCAUCAUUCUGUCUCCCAUUUUGUAAAAAAGAAAAUGAAGGAAGAGAAACUAUAGGAGAUAUAUAUUAAAGAGAAAAAUCGCGAAACAAAAAAAACUAAAGUGUUACAAGAUGGAAACAAGACUAAAGAAGAAGAAGAAGGAAAAAGCUAUAUUAAUAAGACUAAAGAAGAAGAAGAACAAGGAAAAAGCUAUAUUAGAAAAUCUACAGUCAGGAAACAAAACUCAAACAAAAAAACUGAAAAUAAACACAAAAAGAUGAAUAUUCCGUACAACAACGUCAGUCUGAAAAAUAUUUUUGCACUGGUGUAGAAUAUAAACAACGCCGUCUGUCAGUCUGUAGCCGCUGCUAAAGAUUUAAACCAGGCUCCAUUACAAACAUUAAAGAAUGAGACUGGGAUUGCACAAAACGGCCUGAUUCCAAACCAGUAGCUUGUCCCUUUCCGAAAGUCCUGACUCCUCCAAUCUAAAAGGACUUGAAGUUGUAUGGCACAAACACUUCUUAACUUACAGAAGGCUAAUGGGUGUUUCAACCUUAUAACUGAUACAAAUCCAAACAAUCUGUCAGGUAGUCAACAAGGUCCUAGGGUUCGGGGUGAGGUAUUGGUUUGGGACUGGGCACCUGUGUAGAUUAGGCUCAGUCUCUGCAUUGAGGGUCCCAUCCCAAUCGUCUGAAGGGGCUUCCUCCACUCCUCACCCUCUCCUUCGUCUGCACUGAACUGAAAAAGCAGGUGUUAAGUAAAGGCAAUGUGAUGGAUAAAAACCAGAGAUGAACUCUCACUUUGUUCAGCUCUUUCACAUCGUUGCAGAUGAAGGAAAGACAGAAAGGAGACAUGGAGGGAAACCUAUUUUAGUGUAUUGAGAUGCACCCAGACACUCCAUUUUGAUUUCCUCAUCAUACAACCCACUCCUAUUGAUCCUAACCCAUAACCCACCCCACUUCCCAUCCACUUGCAUCGUAACCAUGGGAGCUGUGGGUGUUCUAAGCACUAGUAUGUCAUGUUAUGCCGUAAAUGGAGUUUGUGAAGAAUUUUGGUGAUCCAGACUUCUGUAUGGUGCCAAAACGUUUUAUUAUCCACAUAAAAGCUCAUACAACAAGUGCCAAAGCUACUGCAUCAUCAGAAGGUGAGGAUUGGGUUAAGGAGAUACUGACUACAGGCCUUGUAACACAGCUUGAUAUCCAUCUUUAGGGGGUUAAAGAGAUACUGACUACAGGCCUUGUAACACAGCUUGAUAUCCAUCUUUAGGGGGUUAAAGAGAUACUGACUACAGGCCUUGUAACACAGCUUGAUAUCCAUCUUUAGGGGGUUAAGGAGAUACUGACUACAAGCCUUUUAACACUGCUUGAUAUCCAUCUUUAAGGGGUUAAGGAGAUAGUGAAUAGUAGCCUUGUAAAACCGCUUGAUAUCCAUCUUUAGGGGAUUCGAAAAGAUCCAGGACAUCGAAGUCUACUGCUCCAAUCCCAACAUAGCUAACCAGCCAUCAGUAAAGCAUUCUGUACAUUGUGAAGGAAAACAUCUUGGAUGUUUUGGGCAGGGGCGCAACUUCCACUGGGGACGGGGGACGGGGGGGUUACGGGACAUGUUGGAUUACUCGUUGGUUAUUACUGCAUUGUCGGAACUAGAAGCACAAGCAUUUCGCUACACUCGCAUUAACAUCUGAUAACCAUGUGUAUGUGACCAAUAAAAUGGUCAUUUGAUGUCCCACCCACAUUCUGAAAUUGGUAUUUUUAUCCCCACCCAGUUUUAUCAUUGGAAUUAUGACACAAAAUGAGGCAAAUGUGUGCUUUAGGACCAUGUGGAUGCCUCCGAGUGGUUGGUAGGCUGUUUGGAGUGUUUAUCCAACUGGAUAAAAUAAUUAUUAUUAUUAUUAUGUCCCCCCCCCACCCACUUCUAAAACUAAAGUUGCGCCCCUGGUUUUGGGGAACAUUCUAUCUAUCUUUAGGGGGUUAUUUAAGGAGAUAUUGACCAUAAGCAUUUCGCUACACUCGCAUUAACUAACCAUGUGUAUGUGACAAAUAACAUUAGAUUUAAAACAUAAAGAGAAGGGCAGAGACAAGGCUAUCAGGGAGGGACUAAGGCAACAUCAUAAUAAGAGGAUAAAUACACGCACAGAGACACACACACACACACACACACACACACACACACACACACACACACACACACACACACACACACACACACACACACACACACACACACACACACACACACACACACACACACACACACAGAGAGAGAGAGAGAGUCAUUAGAUCACUCAGAGAUUCGCAGUGUAAAUAAGUGAGCGAGCUGAGUAUUUUCUCAUCAGGCUUCUACAAGGCCAGCUCGGGUCCUGCAGGAUAAAAUACAACAACAACAAUAGCAAGCGUGCUUAUGAUCCACUAGAGAGUUCUUCUUUAGUAUGAGGCAAAUAAACACUUAAGUCACUGAAUGAGUGGGUAUUGAAAAUAAAGAAUUUCAAAAGGAGAUUUUUUUUAAAAGGCAGUGUUGUACUUUCCAUGUCUAUAGACCUGAGUCUAACUUCAUUUGAUCUCAUAAUAUAUUUUCUAUACAGGGGUAUGUGGUAACAAGCAUAUUCUGUAUAAAUAUAUAGAUGGCAUGUUGUAAAAGUUUUGACAUAAAAUGUGUACAUAAAAGGUGUUUUUAUUUCUUUUUAA